CGGCGCUGCCCGGUUUUCACGGCUCACCUACAUCACUCCUCCUCUGGCUGAAACUCCACGCAUGCGAAGUGAUUCUCAUCUUUUGGUGUAAGCGACACAGAAGGUGUAAAGAAAGAUACUAACUUCUUUUCCUUGGUGCGUGGAGCAGCCCCCGGCCCACUAUGGCAGAUGAUGACUUCUCCACCGCAGAUGCUGGGGCCUCAGCUACAUUCCCCAUUCAGUGCUCUGCACUGAGGAAGAACGGCUUCGUUAUGCUGAAAGGACGUCCCUGUAAGAUAGUUGAGAUGUCUACCUCCAAGACCGGGAAGCAUGGGCAUGCCAAGGUGCAUCUUACCGGAAUCGACAUUUUUACUGCGAAGAAGUAUGAAGAUAUCUGCCCCUCCACACAUAACAUGGAUGUACCAAAUGUGAUAAGAAAGGACUAUCAGGUACUUGAUAUCGUAGACGGCUUCCUGACCCUGAUGGAAGACAACGGAGAGACCAGAGAGGAUCUCAGGCUGCCAGACGGAGACAUGGGCAAAGAAAUUGUGAAAAAACUAGAGAGUGGAGAUCAGUUUCUGGUGACUGUGUGGAGAGCUGUGGCUGAGGAGGCUGUAGUCGGCAUUAAGAACAUGACUCCUAUUUAGACCAUGGCGACAGCGGAGACCUCAUGUUCCUAUCUCCCUCUGUGGUUUUAAAGCUUCACCAAAGCUACUGGCCUUCACCACACAUCUCAACCGGCGUCCGACUUCGCUCCUCCGCUCUCCUGCUGUAAGAUGAAAUAGCGGUCAGCUUCAGCUGCGCUUCACACCAUUGCUUUCAUAGCGCCACUGUGUAGCACAUGCCAGGCACUAUAGGAGGAGUCUUUGACCAUGCUCCACAAAAUCGUAUCAUUCCUACUCGGGCGCGUUGUUCACAACGCCAGCUAGCUAACUUCAGUUUCCGUUUUAAAAUAAAAAAAUCUCCUCAGCUGUGUUGCAGCUCCCCUCAGAUGAAAAUCUGUCUCUGCUUUCACUUUGCAUAAACUCCGCACAUUAGUCCACUGACUUGGGUUCUGCCUUUCCACGCAGUUGACGCACCCCCGACGUUUCACGUUCACACGGCUCACGCUUUAGCACCUGUGGGUUUUUAUGUAGGUCACAGAGUUUCUUUCUUCUUCUCCACUCGCACUGGAGAUCUGCAGUCAAGUUUUCUACUGCACGUAACCCGGUCCCAAGGUCAGUGGGUUCUCCAGCUGACAACUGUGCUGUCUCAGCAGCCCCAAACAGUGCUGGAGCAGACGGAGGUAGGCAGGGUGAGGCAGUUUUCUUCCUCUCUACGCUAUGAAACUUAAUGUUUUUUUGUUUUUGUUUUGUUUUUUUUAUCACUUGAGGCCUUCACAAGCUGGCAAAUGUAUAGAAACAUAACAAAUCGCUGUUAAAAUUACACGUAGAUGUUAGCAAAUCUUACCUAAAGCAAACUGCAUCUGCAGAAGAUGAGAUCGGAAUGUGUGGCAAAAAAAAAAAAAAAAAAAAAAAAAAAAAAGGGGAAAAAGCCGUUUUUAGACUUGCAUGAUGCAUCCAUAGUUAAAGGGAAGCGAAGGAAUAUAACGUCGCUGCUUGGUGACACUAUAUUCAUAGGAAACACUUUAGAGAGUUUGUGUGCAGAGUUUGCACUCUUAAUAUAUGACUGCACAGAGACUCUCCUGGAUUUGUAUAAAAAUAAUGCUAGUUUUUUGUUUUUGUUUUAUUUAUUUAUUUUUUUUUUUUCAUUUAAUUUACCUACACCAUUAAGGGUGACAGUAGAUAAACGCAGGACAUUUGAGUCUCCUGCUGAACAGUGCUUUGGAGAUAUUUUAAGUUUUUUCACACUACAACCUCAAGGUUUAGUAUGUUUUUUGUUGUUGUUGUUGUUGUUGUUGUUUUUUGGAAUUGGACCAACACAGAGUGAGUGGUGUGUGGUUAAAAUCUGGAGAGGACAAGGGCAACUUAAAAAGUCACACCAUUAAGAUUGUUCCUUGGAGAGAAUACAUCAUUUGUGUCGGUCUGUCACAUGAAACCGCAAUAAAACGAAACGUUGAGGUCCGUAGUUGUAAUGGGACAAAACCUUGGACUUUUGCGAGGUGCUGGAUCCGUUUGGGUGCAAGAGAACCUGCUUCUUACCCCUACCUCCUGACGGAAACCCCAAAAUAAAACUAUCUUCUAAUUGUAUUAAUGAUAUCUUGGAAGCAGUGUAGCCUAAGGGGUAGCUUUAGUUGUUUACAGUGCUCUGAUAGAAGCAUAAAACGUUUUGAAGGAGUUUGCCUUCAUCGAUCGCAUGUGUUCAGAAGAGGCAAAUUGCUGCCAGUGAGACGUGGGAAUGACGCGUUUACAUCCAGAUAAAGUUCUUCUGCUGCACGAGAAGGAACAAAAGCAAUACUUUGAGGUACUUUUUAAAGUUUUCCACCAUAACGCUGUGUUUAAAUCCUCUUUAAAAGUUUUGAGGUAACUGGUUUCUGUAGCAGAAUCCCUCAAUCCCUUAAAAUGGGUGAGGAAAAUGUUUACAUGAUGCUUAAUGACAUCAGCUCACUGCUCAAAAGUUGAUCAUAAAUAGAUUUUUUUUUUAAAUUUGUGUAAAGAUGCAGAUUGUAAUGGGGCAUUUGAAGGUAUUCUGUUCAGUUUUUGUACAACAGCAGCCGGUCUGUUACUUUUGUCUGGGCUUCAGGCAUCCUAAAGUAUUUGAUUUUUAGUCUAGUUUUUCUUUUUUUUAUUCCACUAAAAUAGUUUGCUAUAUAUAUAUAUAUGUAAAUAAAUCAGAGAAGUUAUGUAUAUGAGUCCUCAUUCUAAACUUUGCAAGAUAAAUAACUUGUACAAAUGCUAAUUAAGCACUGUCGAGCACUUUGCCGUGUCCGAUUUUAUUUUAUUUGUUGUUUUUUUUGUGUGUGUACGUGUGCCUGUACAAAAAUAAAAGUUUUGCCUCUUUAAAAAUGUUUUAUAAGUUCCUAAUAUCGAAGUAGCUUCUAUUCUCAUGUCUCCAACACAUUUGUGCUCAUCUGUGUAUGUGUAAGGAAGUAGAUUUUUGUUUGUUUCAUUGCUUUCAUUUAGUCUCUUUUACCAGACGGUUCCAUCAUUCAGCCGUAAGGUCAAGCGUCUCGUUAAGCUGCCUCCAAGUAACUAAAAAGCCAAUCUGGACUUCCAGGAGUUAAGCUAGCUUUGUGAAUCAUCUGGAACACUGCAUCAAAUGUUUGUCUUUUAGUUGAUGAAGCACAAAGGUGGCAUACGACAUCCUGUAAAACAUUCCUUCAUUCCGAUUAACAGGUAUUGCUAUUCAACUUUAAGGUCCCAACACAGAAUGGAAUGUUUUCUAUUUGUGUUGCACUUCUUGCACGUGGGUCUGGUGAAUGCUGCGAGUUGCAAACCAAGGCUUUUGGGUAAUCGCAGAGCGUGCUGUAAAAGGACACCAGCCCUGCAAUCCUGACUGAUCGACUUGCAGAUUAUUUUGCUUUGGAUAGGGCUACUUUUAUUUGUCAAAGUAAAACUGGUUCAUAUGUAUGUUUUGAUCAUCACAUGCUGUAUCUGACAGUGGAGAAUAGGCAACCUGUGCUGGUGUGUUAUAAAUGUUUGCCGUUUCCAAUGGCCAUUUGCCUUCUCUGGAAAAUAAUAAUUGGAUACCUAUUUUCUCUAUUCUGACUAAUGUUUGGCUGCUGUCCUGGGAAUAUUCUCUUUUCGUUGUUUUGCAAAAAUAAAGUUCAUUCAGCUGUCCCA